AUGGCGGAAAGAUCAAUGGAUCGUUCGGCUUCUGUUAGCUCUGCGUCGACAGAUGUCGAGAGAUUCGAUGAUAAGACCGAAAAGCGUGCUUUGAUGGGUUCACAGGAUGAAGACUACAAACUAAGAACGCCAGAGGAACUGGAAGAUGUGGAAGAAGAUAUUGAACGAGCAGAAUUACUUGCUCCACCACCAGAAGAGAAGCCAAAAGCCCCGAAAAGUUCUAUCAGAUCUUCAAUUAUUUGGAUGGUGGUGAAUACAUUGGCGACAAUCGGUAUCGUCUUCACCAACAAGACAAUCUUUUCAGAUCCUUCUUUGAAACUCGCACAACUCACAUUCGCGGCGUUCCAUUUCACUGUAACAUGGCUGACGCUCUACACACUAUCGCGACCGCGGUUUGCGAUGUUCGUACCGAAAAGAAUUGCAGUCAAAGACAUAUUUCCACUCGCUAUCUCUAUGGCGUUGAAUGUCAUCUUACCCAAUUUAUCUCUUGCUUUUUCGACAGUUACUUUCUAUCAAGUAGCUCGAAUUCUUCUCACACCAACUGUCGCACUCAUGAACUUUGUUUUGUAUCGAUCAACAUUACCUAGAAAUGCGAUAUAUGCCUUGAUACCCGCUUGCAUUGGUGUGGGAAUGGUAUCCUAUUACGAUUCACUCCCCACCGCCGAUGCGAAUAUCAAAACCACCAGUACCUUGGGAGUAAUAUUCGCAUUCACGGGAAUCUUCGCCAGUUCUCUCUACACAGUCUGGAUCGCCAGUUAUCACAAGAAAUUACAAGUCAACAGCAUGCAAUUGUUGUUUAGCCAAGCACCAUUGGCAGCUUUCAUGCUGCUCUACGUUAUUCCCUUUGUAGACACCUUCCCCGUUUGGAGCGAGGUACCGGUGAACCGAUGGGUUAUGAUUUUCAUGUCGGGUUUCUUUGCCUGUAUAAUCAAUAUGUCGCAAUUCUUUAUCAUUGCUCAAACUGGUCCCGUAUCCAGUACGGUUGUUGGACAUGUCAAAACAUGUUCAAUUGUUGCUAUUGGAUGGAUGACUUCUGGACGGGCUGUGGGGGAUAAAUCAGUAAUUGGAGUUUUCGUUGCAAUUGCAGGAAUCGUUGCGUAA